GGCGACGAGAUGCUGUCCAAUGUGCGCCAGCCCCGAGCCAUCGGAGGCCUAACAGUUCCUUCCACUUCAACCUGCAGGUUCUGUCUGCCAGCUUACGAAAGUCCAGUAGAUUUUACAUAUUUGCGCCUUGCAUUUGGAUGCAUGCUGCGUGGCAUAAUUUGUUCUUCCCCACACUUUGUGUUUUACCCCUGUCGACUCAUUCUCACUGACGACGACAUCAUAUCGAACUUCAGUCAGGCACAGCAGGAAGAGACUUCAGGCAUUUGGGGAGGGACUGGAAGUGAAGUGAAAAAUGAAUCGCUUUGAGCGCUACCACCGCUCUUACGACUACAACAACGCCAGCGCCCACAGCUCAUGGGAUACAAAGACCUCCAUCGGCGUCGAACAAGGCGACGAUGACGACGCUCACUCCCGCGUUAACCUGACCCGGCGGCCCGCAGCCAGUGUGAUCGGCUACGACGAUUUAGAUUUUUGGCCCCGGACCAGACCCAAUACUCGGGAUAGAGACCGCGACCGCAACCGCAACCGCGAUCUCAACAGUCCCCGCCUCCGCCAGCGAGACGGCCACGGCCACAGAGCAAGCUUAAGACCUUCGCUGUCCUCCGGCCCGACCCUCACCACUGGAACUUCGACAACGACUACAGACCGCGAAUGGGAAAAGGAAAGAGACUUUUCCAACCUCAAGCAGCGCCUCUCUCUCGCCGGCCGCUCUCCCCCAAGCCUAACUUUUAUCAGCGGCAACUACCCCCACCACCACCGCGCGCGAUCCCUCUCUCUGACUCGCCUCUCGGCAUCGGCAGCAGGAUCGGUCUACUCGGAUAUCUCAUCUUCCUCCCUUGAAGAUGAUGAAGAUGACUCUGACAUGGAACCAUGGUGGGGCAGCACCGGACGUGGACGUCAAGGACGUGGACAUCGUGUCCUCCCGCUCGCACCAGGCUCCCCACCACUCCCGCGGCGCCAUCGCCAGACGACGGACUCGCCGUCCCCAAAGUAUUACCGCCACGCACGGCUCAGCCUGUCGCCGCCGGAGAGGCAUGAGAGGGGGUAUCAGGUGGUUCCUGCUCCUGUCCCCCCCCCCACGUGUGUCUCUGUUGGUGGUGGAGCAGCUCGAGAUGAGACGGCGGCGGAGAGGCAUGCAGAUGAUUUGAGGGCGAGGCUGGGCGGGUUGGAUGUGAGGGAACGGUUGCCUAAUCCGAGGGUGUCGUCGUCUAGGCACCAUGCUGGUCAUGCGAGGAAGAGGAGUGAGAGCUAUGAGCGGUUCAAGGGAGUAAGGAAUGGGAGAAAGGGAUUGAGUCCCGCAGCUGGGGCGAGGGCGAACUCCAAACACCGCGGUCUAAAGCCACAGUACAAUCAGGUUCAUGCCCUGAUCCUGACGUGGUCGUUCCAUGACCUGCGCACGGAGGACUACACCGCACCGCCAGCAUCCGAUUACGUCUCGCUUGAGGAGGAGACAGCCCAGCUGCGGGGAACGCUAGAAGGGUACGGGUACACGGUUCACGAGUUCCUAAUUCCGAUGCACCGGUCCGUCGAGCGUUUAAAGGCGAAGCUGAAACAGUUCUGCCGGUACGCGGCCGACGACACACUGCUGAUCGUUUAUUACCACGGCCACGGCGCGCUGGACGGCGACAAUGAGCUGGUGUUUAGCAGCCACGACCACCCCGAGAACCCCGAGUGGGCCAAAGCCGCCGCCGCCGAGCUCUACGCGGCGCUCAUGUGCGGUGACACCUGCUCAACCCACGGCCGCCGUGACAAAUACCAGGAACUCCUAAAGAAAUACGAGCGCUACCGCCCCGUAUCCACCAUCAAAUGGGACACCCUCCGCGGGCCCAUCCUCUCGGCCCCCUGCGACGUGCUCCUCGCCGCCGGGCACCGAGGUGUACACCAAGCACCUGUUCGCCGCCUGCGGCUUCGAGUCGAGCACCAGCGACGACAUGACGGCCGCCAUGUGCGAGGUGCUGCAUGAGUGGGUGCCUUCUCCUCCUCCUCCUCCUCCGGCUGCUGGAGGGGCUCUGAGACGGUCUGCGUCGGUGGAUGCCGUCGCCGGGACGGGUGGU